UUAUCCAUGAUUCCAUUCCCUCUUCUCUGACCUUCUUUAUAAACCCCCAGACGGUUCUGUUUCAUCCCCUUCCACGCUUUCGUUCUCCUUCGCAUACCCAACGCGAAUUCCCACUUCAAAAGAUCGUUUUUUUUCUCCUCCUCGAAGGCUCGCAUUUUCGGCCGAUGAAUCUCCUGGAAAACCCACCUUUUCUUUCUCAGAUCUUGUCUCGAUCGUGGCCUCAGCAGGCGUUCAGUUCGCAAGCCUUUGAAGUCUGCAAAUGGAGCGCCAUCAUCCUCGCGACGCUCGCUUGCUUCGGCGCCCUAACCCACCGUGUCGUCAAGCUAUCGGGCCUCAGAUUCCCGAAAAGCACUCCUCUCCCGGCUCGGCAACCUCUCGUCUCCGACUUCGACGAUAGCGACGGCGACGAUGACACUUGCUCGUCAUCGUCGGAACAAGACGAUGGGCUGUCAGACGAAGAAGAGCUUCCCUCCCCGUCGGGCGGCCACUCGCAUGGGGACUUUAAUUUCCGGCUCGUGGGUUCCGGGGACACGCAGCUCCGGCGGCGUCGCAGUUUCGCCGACAAUCUGUCCCAGUUCGUCUUGGGCAAGAGCGUCGUGAAGCUCUGGGACAGGUCGGACAGCAGACUGCUGCGGCUGCAAGACUCGAACGGAGAGUUCGUCGGGAGGUUCUGCCAGGUCCUGGUGUCGCCGAGGUCGCCGGCGGCCGUCAUGUCGGCGGGGCUGAACAACUUGGGGAAGAUCGCGCUCAACGUCUGGGACAGCCGGGUCGGGUUUCGGAUCCCCGCCAUGGUCGCCGAGUGGGAGCAGAGAGCCGGCGGUGAGGUGACCGUCGGAGACCUUAGGAAUGUCAUCUCGCCGGUGGAGGACUCGUCGGGAGCUGAUGCGGAACGGUGGUGGGACGCUGACGAGGUCACCGCUUCCGAUGAGUCUUGACGAAAACUCUCUGUCUGAAAAGCCGCCGUGGCUGACCGGCCACGCGGUACGAUCUGACUCGCAGAUAAGUAGCGAUUCACGUUUGUCAAAUUUGUAAUAAUUGUCGUCGGAGUAAAAAACGGUAAACCAUUGAGAAAAGGAGUGUGAACGAACAUGGUGUAAAUAUACAAAUUCAUUCGUUCCAUUUCUUAUCAUACUUCUUCAAUAAUGAAGCAAGCAAACAUUUCCAUCA